AGGGUUAAGCUUUAUAGGGUGCCAACCGCAAGACAAAAUCUUCUUGAAAUGGGCGUUAAUGAAAAGCAUAUCAUCAGUAAAUAUAACCUAGAAACUGGCCGUGAUGACCUAAAAACUGGCCGUGGUGAUGAAAUUCUCAAUAAUUAUUUAGAUGCAGAGUAUUUUGGACCAAUUACUAUCGGCACUCCACCACAAGAUUUUUUGGUCCUUUUCGAUACUGGAUCGUCGGAUUUCUGGGUACCUUCUUCAGAGUGUACUUCUCAAGCCUGUGAGAUGCAUCAUCGCUAUGAUCACAGCAAGUCUAGCACGUAUAGACCUAAUGGUAAAAGAUGGUCAAUCGAAUAUGGUUCGGGAAGUGCCGAAGGAUUUCUUAGUACAGAUGUUGUUAAAGUUGCUGGUAUUACUGUUCAGAAUGUAACCUUUGGUGAGGUAACUAAUUUACCUGGACCUAUAUUUGCUGCUGCUAAAUUCGAUGGCAUUCUUGGUUUGGGCUUUGCAUCAUUGUCAGUUGAAGGUGUUAAGACCAUUUUUGAUCUUAUGCUCCAGCAAGGACUCAUUCAAAAGCCAGUAUUCUCGGUCUACUUGAAUCGACAAGGAACUCAAAAUGUUGGUGGUGAAUUAGUAUUUGGUGGAUCAGAUCCUAAUUAUUACACUGGUGCUUUUAGCUAUGUUCCUCUUUCAAAAGAGGGUUAUUGGCAAUUUGAAUUGGACGGAGGAACUAUCGAAAAUGAAUUCUUUUGCGAAGGUGGUUGUCAAGCAGUGAUUGAUACUGGUACCUCGCUGAUAGUUGGACCAAAUGAAGAAGUAGCUAAGAUUAACCAUCUAAUUGGUGCUGAUAGUAUUCAGUCUCUAGUUAAUUGCAAUAGCAUGCCUGAAUUGCCCGUUAUUACGCUUACCAUUGGUGGUAAAGAAUAUUCCUUAAGUGGUCAAGAAUACAUACUGAAGUAUCGACAAGGUGAACAAGAAAUAUGUCGUAGUGGCUUUCAAGGUGGUAAUUUCGAAGGUAUUGGCGUUCAAUGGAUUCUUGGUGAUGUCUUUAUCGGCACUUAUUAUACCGAGUUCGAUAAAGGAAAUGGUAGACUUGGUUUCGCUAAAGCUAUCUUUCAGGAAUGA